AUGAGUGAUCAAAAUCCGUUGGGUGGCGAAGAAUUUAAUAUUGACGAGGAAAUCAAUGAGUUCGAUGACAACGAGGAAGCACCAAUUGAUAACACUGCCUUGUUUCCCGACGGCGAUGAGACAAGUGAGCAAAAGCCUAGACUGGAAAACGGAGCAGGGAAUCUUUUCGAAAUUCCUGAGUUCACACGUAAAGACAAAACCCUUAACGAGAUACUAGAUAUGAUGGAGGAGAACCCACCAAUAAUCCCAGACGCAGUUAUUGACUACUAUCUUAUGAAAAACGGGUUUGAUUGCGCAGACGUAAGGGUGAAAAGACUGCUGGCGCUAGCCACUCAGAAAUUUGUCAGUGAUAUUGCCACAGACGCCUACGAGUACUCUCGCAUUCGCUCUGCCAUUACAGUGCACAACUCCAAUAACGGUCAGGCCAGAGCCAGACAACUGAUUCUGGGUCAGCAGCAGCCGGGACAACUCACACAACAGCAGCAGCAGCAAAAUGAAAAAACGAAGGCCAAUAAAGUGGUUCUGACGGUUCACGACCUCAGCAGCGCUGUAUCAGAGUACGGACUCAACGUAGCGAGACCUGAUUUUUAUCGCUAG